UUUUUCAACUUCAAGCUUUCAAAAAUUUGUUCACUUGGUGAUUUUUUAGUUAAACUGAGUAUGGAGGAGAGGUAUGAGCCAUUGAAAAAACUUGGUUCUGGACACUUUGGGGUGGCUAGGCUUGUAAUAGACAAGAAAACAAAGGAGCUUGUUGCUGUUAAAUACAUUGAAAGAGGGAAGAAGAUUGACGAGAAUGUGCAGAGGGAAAUAAUAAAUCAUAGAUCAUUAAAGCAUCCCAAUAUUGUCAGAUUUAAAGAGGUGUUGUUAACUCCAACACAUUUAGCAAUUGCUAUGGAAUAUGCAGCAGGUGGUGAACUUUUUGCUAAAAUUCACAGUGCUGGCAGAUUUAGUGAAGAUGAGGCUCGCUUCUUCUUCCAACAGCUAAUAUCUGGAGUCAGCUACUGUCAUUCCAUGGAAAUUUGUCACAGGGAUUUAAAGCUAGAGAACACUCUCCUUGAUGGAAGUCCAACGCCACGUCUUAAAAUAUGUGAUUUUGGUUAUUCCAAGUCUGGUUUGUUGGAUUCAACACCCAAGUCGACUGUUGGAACGCCCGCUUACAUUGCUCCCGAGGUCCUGUCGCGUAAGGAAUAUGAUGGGAAGAUUGCAGAUAUGUGGUCAUGUGGAGUGACAUUGUUUGUGAUGUUAGUAGGAGCAUACCCCUUUGAGGAUCCUGAGGAUCCAAGAAAUUUUCGUAAAACCAUUGAGAGAACAGUGAAUGCUCAAUACUCCAUACCUGAUUAUGUACGAAUAUCUGUGGAGUGCAAGAACCUCCUUUCUGGAAUCUUUAUUGCCAACCCCUCCAAGAGGAUCACCAUUCCAGAAAUAAAGGAACAUCCCUGGUUUUUGAAGAAUUUGCCAAAAGAGCUAAUGGAUUAUGAGAAUUCAAGAUUUGAAGAAAUUUGUGACAAACCUCAGCAAAGAGUGGAAGAAAUAUUGAGGAUCAUACAAGAGGCUAAGACCCCUGGAGCAGUGUCGAAACCUGAAGAGCAAACAGCUCUUGCAGAUGCAACAGAUCCCGAUGGCACGGAGGGUGACCAUGAAUUUGAAAUUUACGCCAGUGACGAUAUUGUGGCUCCUGCUUAAGAGUGAUGAUUCAUAUAUCCGACUUUAACGUUGUCUGUAUUUGUUGUUGUUGUUGUUGUUGCCGUCAUCGUUAAGACCCGUAGAGAACUGUCGAAGUCUAUAGGAGAAGAUCCUGCUGGGGCAACGGAUCCCGAUGGCAAAGGGCGCACUCGAAUCUGAAGUUGACACCUGUGAUGAUUUUGUGGCUUCUAUGAAGGUGAUAGAUUCAUAUAGCUGACUCUAACUUGCAUGAAAUUGAAGCAUUAUUGUUGUUGUUGUUAUCCUUGUUUCUAAAGGUGACUUUGAGUAUGUAACUCUCUAAAGGAUCAUUUGUGGGUGAAUUGGUUUUGUAACCCUUUACAAAUUUAUUUUUAGUUUUAUGUCUUUUUACUUUUUUUAUAACAAGGAACCCGCAGUCGUUAUCUUUCGAGUGCGUACAAGGUAAAUCAUGCUCCUGUGCAAUAGC